GUAAUGUGGCACUUGACAAUUUACAGAUAAAGGAGAAUGCAUUAAGUGAACUGGAUAUACCUUUUAGAAUAAAAGUUGGUCAGAUAGAUAAACUUACUCUGAAGAUUCCUUGGAAGAAUCUCUAUGGUGAGGCAGUUGUUGCAACUCUAGAAGGCUUGUAUCUUCUAAUAGUUCCUGGAGCAAGCAUUAAAUAUGAUGCAGAGAAGGAAGAAAAAUACUUGCAGGAUAAUAAACAAAAGGAACUGGCAAGAAUUGAGGAAGCCUUGCAGAAAGCGGCAGAAAAAGGCACUCAUUCACAAGAUACCUUGUAUGGGUUGGAGAGUCUGAUUUACAAAGACAUCAAGCCUGGACGUAAGCGUAAAAAGUAUAAAAAGCGUUUUAAGAGACCCUUUAAAGGUCAUGAUCACUCAAAAGACAAACCAAAGGAGGAGAAGAAAGAUACUUUCUUAGAAAAGCUUGCAACUCAAGUUAUAAAAAAUGUGCAAGUCAAAAUCACAGGCAUUCAUGUUAAAUACGAAGAUGAUAUCACAGAUCCACAGUGUCCGAUUUCUUUGGGAAUGACAUUGGGCGAGCUUAGUUUACUGACAACAAAUGAGAAUUGGACACCUUCUAUUCUGAAUGAAGCUGCAAAAAUAAUAUACAAGCUUUUGUGCCUGGACAGCCUCAGUGCUUAUUGGAACAUACACAGCAAAAUGUAUUAUCAUGGCUCCCGUGAACAAAUACUGGAUCAGCUGAAAAGAGGAAUUCCUUGUAGCGCUAACCAACCUCAAGACUACCAGUAUAUUUUUAGACCAGUAUCAGCCUCUGCAAGACUGUAUAUCAACCCCUAUGCAGAAGUAGAACUCAAAACUCCCAAGCUUGAGUGUAAUGUAGAAGUACAGAGAAUUGCCAUUGAAUUCACUAAACCCCAAUACCUCAGCAUGAUAGACCUUCUGGAGUCCAUAGACUACAUGGUUCGCAAUGCACCAUACAGAAGAUUUAGGCCAAAUGUAUCUCUCCAUAAAAAUGCCAGACAAUGGUGGAAAUAUGCAGGUAACAGUGUUCUUGAAGUUCACAUCAGAAGACAUACUCAAAUGUGGUCAUGGAGUAACAUAAAACAACAUAGGCAGCUUCUGAAGACUUACAAAAAUAUAUACAAGAACAAGCUGACACAGAGUAAACUGUCAGAAGAAACACAGAGGCAAAUUCAGAACCUUGAAAGAAAGCUUGAUGUCUUCAAUAUAAUCUUAGCAAGACAACAAGCACAAGUUGAGACAAUAAGAUCAGGACAAAAACUACUGAAGAAGAAAACCACUGAAGGAGAAAAAAAAAGCGGAGGAUGGUUUGGUGGUUUCUGGGGUAAAAGAGAAACCAGGAAGAAGGAAGAUGAAGAAUCACCUGUUCCUGAAACUAUUGAUGAAUUAAUGUCACCAGAAGAGAAAGCUAAGCUUUUUACUGCUAUUGGAUAUAGUGACAGCUCCCAUCACCUUUCCUUACCAAAGCAGUAUGUUGCCCAUGUUGUGACGCUGAAGCUGUUAAGCACUUCUCUUACAAUUAAAGAAGACAAGAAUGUGGCAGAAACUCUUAAAGUACAGAUAAUUGAUCUGAGUACCAAAAUAUCACAGCGCCCAGGAGCACAAGCCAUUAAGGUUGAAGCAAAGCUUGAAAACUGGUAUGUUACAGGCCUGAGACAAGAAAACAUUGUACCAUCUCUUGUGGCUUCCAUAGGGGAUAGCAAGUCUUCUCUGCUUAAGAUAGAGUUUAAUGUUAACCCAGAGGAUAGUACUGCUGACCAGAGUCUUACUAUUGAAUCACAGCCUGUGGAAAUAAAAUAUGAUGCAAGAACAAUAAAUGCAAUGGUAGAAUUCUUUCAGACAAGCAAGGGAAUGGAUCUUGAAAGAUUAACAUCAGCCACAUUAAUGAAGCUGGAAGAAAUCAAGGAAAGAACAGCUACAGGAUUAGUUCAUAUUAUUGAAAUGCGGAAAGUCCUUGACUUGAAGAUUAAUCUGAAACCUUCCUACCUUGUGGUUCCACAGACGGGUUUCUACCAUGAAAAAUCAGAUUUGCUGAUUUUGGACUUUGGUACAUUUCAGCUGAACAGCAUAAAUCAAGGCAGUAGUCAAGCUUCUAGCUUUUCAUCUUUAGAGGAAAUUAUGGACAAAGCUUAUGACAAGUUUGAAGUGGAAAUAAAAAAUGUGCAACUUCUUUUUGGAAGAACAGGUGAAGACUGGAAGAAGGCUCGUUUUCAACAUCCAUCAACUUUGCACAUAUUACAACCUAUGGAUAUUCAUGUGCAGUUGGCAAAAUCGAUGGUGGAAAGAGAUACCAGGAUGGCAAAGUUUAAAGUGUCAGGAGGACUUCCUUUGGUGCAUGUCAGACUCUCUGACCAGAAAAUCAAGGGAAUUUUUGAUCUGAUUGAUAGCAUUCCAUUGCCUCAGAAGUCACCUGUGUCAGUUCCAAGCACAAAGGUACUGGCUAUUCCCACAAUUCCUGUUGUUAGCAAAGGGUUACUUAAUACACACCAGUUGUUAGCAGACAUAGUGUCAGACUCUGAAGAAGAAUAUUUUGAUUUUGAGGAAAGUUCUGAACCAACUGAGAAGUCACUUACUAAAGGAGAAGAAAUAAGAAAUAAGCAGCCUGCUAAAGAGGAACUGACAGAUCUUCAGUUGAAGUUUGAAAUUAAAGAGGUUUUAGUAGAACUCACCAGGCAAAAGAAAACUGAGGAAACGGUACUUGUAUUUGAUGUAAUGCAUCUUGGAACAGAAGCUACUGUCAGAACAUAUAAUUUAGCAGCUGUAUCUUAUUUAAAGAAAAUAAGCUUGGAUUACUAUGAAAUUGGAGGUAAAAAAGCACCCAUUCAUCUAAUUAGUUCCUCAGAUAAACCUGGCUUAGACCUUCUGAAGGUGGAAUAUAUCAAGGCUGACAGAAAUGGGCCACACUUUCAGGCAAAUUUUGACAACACUGAACAGAUGAUUCAAGUAGCUUUUUCAUCAUUGAACCUUCUACUGCAUACAGAGGCCCUUAUGUCUGCUGUCAGUUUUCUAACAGCUGUCAGUCCAUCAGGCAAUGAAAGCAGUGGAGACACACCAACUAAACGUGAAAAGCAAGAAGAUGACACUAGAUUGAAGAAAGUGGCUAGACCUUCCAAGGAUAAGGAUGUCUUUGACUUGAAGCUUUUUGCCAAGCUGGAUGCUUUCUGUUUAAAUAUUUGUGAUGAAAAAAAGAACAUUGCAGAGAUCAAGAUACAAGGUCUUGACUCAUCUCUUCUCCUUCAACCAAGUCACACUGUAUUCUUUGCCCGGCUUAAAGACAUAGUUGUCAUAGAUGUUGAUUCAAGGACCCUUCAUAAACAAGCUGUGUCUAUAGUAGGAGAUGAAGUUUUCAGUUUCAAUCUGACAUUAGAUCCAUAUGCUACUGAGGGAGAAGCCUACACUGACAUGUCAAAAGUGGAUGGUACUGUAUCUUUGAAAGUAGGCUGUAUUCAAAUAGUAUACCUUCACAAAUUUCUCAUGUCUCUUCUGACCUUCUUGAACAACUUUCAGACAGCUAAGGAGACACUUAGCGCUGCUACAGUCCAAGCUGCAGAAAAGGCUGCUACCAGUGUAAAAGACCUGGCUCAAAGGAGUUUUCGACUUGCCAUGGACAUUCACUUGAAAGCACCAGUUAUAGUCAUUCCUCAGUCCUCAGUUUCCCCCAAUGCUAUAGUCAUAGAUCUUGGCUUGAUUAAGGUUCAGAACCAGUUUAGCUUGGUGUCUCCAGAAGGCAGUUUGCUCCCUCCAGUCAUUGACAAAAUGGCUGUGCAGCUAACAAAGCUGAAACUGUCAAGGAUCACUGUGGAGACAGGUCUGUCACAUCCAGACAUUCAAAUACUUCACCCUAUUAAUUUAAGCCUGUCUGUGAAACGAAAUCUAUCUGCAGCUUGGUUUCACAAAUUACCAGUAUUGGAGAUCACAGGGUAUCUGGAUACAAUGAAUGUUGUGUUAAGUCAAGAGGAUUUGAAUGUCUUUCUCAAAGUGUUGACGGAAAACCUUGGUGAAGCAGAAGGGAAACAAACUCAUGCAAAAUCAGUGCUGCAAAAGGAAGGUAAAACCAAAGAAAUGGAGAAAUCAGUUUUGAUGCAGGAUAAGAGUGUUCCAGAAGAAAUGCUGUCUGAAAAGAGGAAAAAACCAUUAAACGAAGAUGUAAUCAAUAUGCUACUUAAUUUUGAAAUCAAAGAGGUUGUAAUAACCUUGAUGAAGCAGGUUCAGAAGGAGAGAUAUCCAUUACAUACUCUAACUGUGCUACAGCUUGGAACCGAAACUAAAAUUAGAAAUCACGAAUUGACUGCAGCAGCAUACUUGAAAAAAAUUAUUAUGAGAUGCAUUGAAAUAAAUGACUCAAAAGGAGAUCCUCUUUGCAUUAUUAAUUCUUCAAGUGAGACAGAUGAACAUCUUCUGAAAAUGGAAUACAUUAAGGCUGAUCCCGAUGGACCAGAUUUUGUUACUACUUACAGAAGCACCAAGCAAAACAUCAAUGUCAUCUUUUCAUGUUUGGAUAUAGUACUUCACACAGAGGCUUUGCUUUCUGUCAUGAGUUUUCUCACAUUCAGUGUUCCAUCAGGUGGUCUUCCCAGUACUGACAAAGCAUCAGACCACAAGCCUCAAAUAAAAGAACAAGAAAAAGGGAGUACUCUUAGACCAGUGUCUAGUAAUGCAGACCAUAAUGAUACCUGUGAAUUAAAACUCACUGCAAAGCUAAAUGCAUUCAGUAUUACAGUGUGUGAUCAGAUCAGAAUUGCAGACAUUAGAAUACAAGGAAUGGAUGCAUCUGUAGCUAUGAAAACUAAAAAGAUUACAGCGUUCUCCAGACUUGAGGACAUUGUAAUUACAAAUGUUGAUCCAAAAACAAUCCAUAAAAAGGCUGUCUCCAUAAUGGGGGAUGAAGUGUUUAGAUUUCACAUGUCGCUUUAUCCAGAUGCUACUGCAGGAGAAGCCUACACUGAUAUGUCAAGGGUGGAUGGUAAAAUGUCUCUGAAAGUGGGCUGCAUCCAAAUAAUUUACCUACAUAAAUUCUUUAUGUCUCUCCUGAACUUCCUAAACAGUUUCCAAACGGCACAAGAAGCCUUGACCGCAGUCACUGUCCAGGCGGCAGAAAUGGCUGCUUCCAGCAUGAAAGACUUCGCUAAAAAGAGCUUCCGCCUCUUAAUGGAUGUCAACUUGAAAGCUCCAGUUAUAGUUGUUCCUGAAUCUUCAACUUCACGCAAUGCUUUGGUAGCUGAUCUUGGCUUAAUCAAAGUUCAGAAUGAAUUCAAGCUGGUGUCUUCAGAUGAAUCUUCUCUUCCUCCGGUCAUUGACAACAUGGAUGUGCAGCUAACUCAUUUGAAAUUAUCAAGGUGCGUUAUAUCUGCAGAUUCUCAACCAGAUUCUGAAAUUCUGCAUCCUGUGAGUUUGACUUUACUGGUCCAGAGGAAUUUAGCAGCAACUUGGUAUCAUAAAACCCCAACAAUUGGUAUCAAAGGAGACCUAAAACCAAUGCAGAUUGCACUCAGUGAAGAAGAUCUAAGCGUUGUCAUGAAAAUUUUACUUGAAAACCUUGGAGGGGCUUCUUCUCAGCCAAAUACUGUGCAAGAGAACACUGAAGAGAUGCAGAUGUAUAAAGAAGGGAAAGUUCCGAAUGAAUCUGAUUUCUGUGAGGGUCCUCUUCUUGCGUUUGGACAAAAAGAAGUUUCUACAGUUCAGUCUUCUGCAGAAUGUUAUACAACACUUGAAUUUGAAUUUAAUUUUGAGUCACUUUCAGUAACUCUCUACAAUAGUGAUAUGAAUCAGAAGUCUCUGCUUUCGCUGCAUAGUGACAAAUUACGCCUUGGUGAACUCCGGCUGCACCUCAUGGCAUCAUCGGGGAAGAUGUUUUCAGAUGGCUCAAUGGACAUUAAUGUUAAACUCAAGGCAUGUACCCUGGAUGAUCUCAGAGAAGGAAUUCAGAAUGUGACUGCAAG